CACAACUGACUUUCAGGGCACAGAGUGUUACUUUGCUGUCCAUAGGCGUGACCAGAUGUCCUAGGCUUGUCCAACAACUUGAGGGUGAGUAAUUCAAGGCAGAGUUUUCAUUUUUCGGCUGCUAGCAGUAAACAUCGGUACUCAAUCAGUGCUACCGAAUGGGAGGCAACAAGAAAAAAGUUUGGACUUUAGCCUUCCACAAAUAAUGCACUUAGUGGAGAAAGAUUUCAUUCAAAAUCAUAUUCUUGCUGCCAUGUUGCCUUUAUAUAACUCAAAUAUAGACUAAUUGUCAUGUUUUUUACUCCAUUGAAUAUAUCUCAGGGUUGGUUUAUUUCUGUAGGUCCAUUAAGGCACAUGAAUUUUUGGCCACCAAAAACAACCAACAUUAUUGAACAUUAUUACCCCUGAGAAGAUGCACAUUGCAUACAUCUUUUGUGAUAACAUACCCCAAUAGCUGGGUGGGGAUGAAGUUAAAUAUUAAACAAUUCUAAAACACAACGGGAAAAAUGUCAAAUGUCCAAAAAUGUUGAAAUAUUGUUUUGGUCGGCCUACUUCUCAAAAAGCUCCAGAUUCAGUUGACCUUUUGUAUUCUAUUGUGGAUUCAUUGUUUUACGUGUUUACCUAACAGCUAAAGUGGAAAUUAGUUAGUUAAGGGGACAGUAUUAUGCCUUGUUAAAAUUAUUGUUUGUGCCAACUAGCCCUUGUCUUUAUAUGAAUGAGAUGACAUAUGUUUGUUUAUAUGUUUUGAUUGUAAAAAUGUUUUCUUGACUUGUCUAAUUGUAUGAUUUCUUGAUCGUGCGAUUGUUAAGCAUUAAUCUAAUUAACAAACAUGUAAUUGCAGAAGAAAACAAAAUUAUUUAAUAUUAAGUGUUUUUAUAAUAAAUAUGAAGGAAAGAAAUACCUAUAAGAUUAAGAGAGCUAGUUAUGGCAAAAAUUGCUAAAUGUUCUUCAAUAUUUUUGUUAAUGCCAGAUUGUUUGAUUCAUAGGCUACCGUAUGUUAGCAUCAAAGAAUGUGAUGUCUGAUAAAAUAAUUUAACCACAAAACAUUUAAAAGAAAGGUGCAUGGCAAUUCGCUCACAUUGAGACAAUUUGUAUUAUUGUUUUUGCAGCUUGUUGAAAACUGUUCCGUUGAAGAGGUUUCCAGAAACAGCAAUACGGUCAUUUACAACCUUAGAUACCACCAGUGUCUGUUGUGAGGAAUUAAAUAAAAAAUAAUCUGGCUCAUUAAAUGAGCUUCAACAUUUUCUCUUUAAACUAAAUUGUAUGGCCUGGUUUACAGAAAGGACGGAUACCUACCACAGGCAAGCAAAGCAGUAAAAAAUGGCAGUGACUGUUAAAAAAAAUGCUAAAUAAACUUGUGCCGAUGCUAAAAUGUUUCCGUUUUAUUUGCCUAAAUGGUUCUUAUGUGGAAAUGCUAAUGCUUUUGUUUGUCAGUUGUUUUUGUUAAAAGUAGUAAAUUAUAAAAAUGAUGUUAAAAUUAUGAUGCAUAUUAAUGGAAAUAUGAUAUAUCCAAAUCCAAAGGACAUGUUAAAAAAUACAUUUCUGUUAUAGACUAUAUAUAGAUAGAGCUGUGACAAAAGGGGUAGCUUUUCUAAUCCUGUUGACUGGCCAUCCUAAAUGAACUUUAUCAUUAACAUCAUUUAUUAAUUCUUUACAUUAUUUUAAAACAACGAUUAGUGAUUACAGUUUUGCUGUAAUGAGGGCUAACCGAGUUAUUUAAACGAGUCAAAGACAAAGAAAGCAGAGUGUUUGUAAAUCGAGAAGGGCAGUCGCUCUGCAACAGAAAUAGCGCGUCUGGUUGCUAUGCCAACGUCUGGCCUGAGAUCGCUGCAUGGGAGCUGUAACUUUGUGCAGAAUUUCUCCUCAUCGCACGCCAUGAAUUUACAGGAUGCUAUGUGGAGACCAGAAAACCAUAAUAAGUUUAAAGAGAAACGACUUUACAAACGAUUCUUGAAUAAUGCAACCCAAGGGCUUUCUUUCUCUGAAGAAGUGGUCUGUGAAAUGGGACCCAUUUCAUACGGAAAACAUGAUUUUAGUGGGCUUUUUCAUCCCACAGGCCCUUUAGCAUCAGCCACCAAAUUAAAAAAGGUAAAGAAACAUAAAAACAAUGACAUGCAUUACAACAUUAAUUCUCUCGCCAGAGAAACAUGCAGUGUUUCAGUGCAGGCUUUUCAAAUGUAUAGCAAUCGGAGCAAAAGGUUUAAUGCCUUAGCAAGGACAGGGCAGAUCAAUGUGCAAUGUGCCUGCCUGACGCAAACUUCUACAGAGGACUGGGUAGCUCAGAGUAGGAACAGCAAGUGUCAGGAGUUUGCACAGAAGAAGCUUGGCAAGACAGAACAGGGUUUCAUCAACCAGCAGUUCCCCAAAGAUAAAUGUCAGAAUAAGUCUGGUCCACUGUUGCCACUGAGGAAACAACACAGGGUUUUAGGACAUGUGUCAUUUCCAGUGAGUGUGCAGAAUUGCUUAAAUAAAACAGCAACCACAGUGAGUGUCAAGCGCUUUGAGAUCCCACAGGCCCCACAUCCGCAGGUCAUCCAGAAUCCAUGUGACGGCAGUCAUGUUUUUCACACAAAGAGCAACUCUAAGCAGGAAAUCUUCACAGGUAAAGGUAGCUCUGUGAGAGAAGCACAGGUGGAUCUGCCAGAAUAUGCCCCUGAGCUGGAUGACCUCAGACCUCCUGAGACCUCCACUAAACAGCUGAUUCACUGCAAGCAUGUGCCAGAACUCUCCUCUCUUCACUAUGCAGUGGACAAGUGGAGAAGGUUUUGGAACAUCAAGUUGCCCUUGCACAGUGUGACCACUGAGGGUCUAAAAAAGGCUCUUAUUGAUCCUAAUUAUUCUGUGCGGCUGGAGGCCAUCAUAACUUGUGCUUCAGGAGCAGUUCAUGGACUACAGCAGAAUCGUGAGCCAGCUCAAUGUGAGAGAUGGAAAGCGCGGGCAGAAGAUCAAGAACUGCAAGAUCUUAUUGUCUCAGCUCUUGAUGACCCUGUGAGGAGAGUUCAGAUGGCUGCUGCAGUGUGCCAGUAUGUCAUAAGGACUCCUAACUCCAAAGCCAAAGACAUAAUACAAAGCGCAUUAAAACAAGACCUUUCAGGCACAGGUGCCGACAGCUGGAUGGCGGCACAGUGCCUGGCGAUACACGGCGAUAUAGGUCAAGCUGUCAUACAGAGACUUUUGUCCCAGCACUUCAUCUGUGAUUCUCCUUCAGAUCGAAAGCAGUCGAUGGUUUUGCUCUCCAGAAUUAGCAGAAAAUCUACUCUAGUGCGCUCUCUUCUGGCUGAAGAAUUAAACAACGGUAAUUGGAGAACUCGUUUUCAGGCUUGUAAAAGCAUUGCACAGCUCAGAGGUCCAAUCAAUAAGGAUCUUUGCAGCAAACUGAUCCACAUGAUGUGGAAUGACUGGAGUUGUGAUGUUCGUAAGGCUGCAGCUCACACUCUGAGUAAACUGGACAUGGACACGGUUCUGCAAAAUGAGCUGAGUGUGAAGCUCAAGGAGGGUCCAAAUGUUCUGCGAUUAGAAGCGCUAAAAUUCAUUGAUCAGCUUAACAUAAUGACACCCAAGCUACUGCCCAGUUUUCUGCAGUGCUUUAAUGAUGAUUAUGUGGCUGUGCGAACACAAGCGUGCUUGACUGCAGCAACUCUGAUGAUUGAAGACCAGGCGGUCCUGGAUCAGCUAAUUAACUUGAUGCAGAAUGACCCAUUAUGGGAAGUAAAAGUGGAGGCGAUUAAUGCCAACUAUACUCAAUAUAUGGAUAUAGGGAGAGGAAAAGUCAGAAUGUUUAAACUUUGUGACUUGAGCAAACUUUUAACUUUGGGAAAAAUAGGUUGCAUGACCACAGCGCUCAAGAAGUUGUUGAUGUGGGCUCUACAUCUGGAGGAGGAGCCCUGUGUGCGCAUUGCUGCCUGUGAAGUCCUGAGCAUGUUAGAACCAAAAGAUCCAGAACUACAACAAUUUCUACAAGAGCGCUAUGCGAUGGAACCUAAUACUGAGGUUAAAUGGCACAUUGAAGGAUUUCUAAAAAAACACGGACACAGUCUGGAAAAAGAGGAAAGCAAGAUUCAAGAGAUAAAACAACAGGUAGCAUCAGACACAGAACCAAUACAUUUCUUACUUAAAUAAAGUUUACACAAACUACAAGUUGCUUUUUACCUGUUGUACUGUAUGUGGAGCUGCUGUGCACAAAACAUAGCAUUUCACUCGAAGUGCUUAGAAUGGAAGAAAUGGAAAAGCACCUACAACAAAUUAUUGUGCUGAAUGUACCAUUUAAAUUUAAAGGCCUUUAUUGGCCAU